UCUAAGCGCUUCUUCCGGGUGGGGCCCCGGGCCGAGGCUAUGGCGCCCUGGGCGCUCCUCAGCCCUGGGGUCCUGGUGCGGACCGGGCACACUGUGCUGACCUGGGGGAUCACGCUGGUGCUCUUCCUGCACGACACCGCGCUGCGGCAGUGGGAAGAACAGGGGGAGCUGCUCCUGCCCCUCACCUUCCUGCUCCUCGUGCUGGGCUCCCUGCUGCUCUACCUGGCCGUGUCACUCAUGGACCCCGGCUACGUGAACGUCCAGCCCCAGCCCCAGGAGGAGGCCAAGGAGGAGCAGACAGCCAUGGUCCUUCAGGUCGUGCCCCUCCGACGCUGCAGAUACUGCAUGGUGCUGCAGCCCCUGCGGGCCCGACACUGCAGGGAGUGCCGUCGCUGCGUCCGCCGCUACGACCACCACUGCCCGUGGAUGGAGAACUGCGUGGGGGAGCGCAACCACCCGCUCUUCGUGGCCUACCUGGCGCUGCAGCUGGUGGUGCUUGUGUGGGGCCUGUACCUGGCAUGGUCCGGCCUCCGGUUCUUCCAGCCCUGGGGCCUGUGGCUGCGGUCCAGCGGGCUCCUGUUCGCCACCUUCCUGCUGCUCUCCCUCCUCUCCGUGGUGGCUGGCCUGCUCCUGGUCUCACACCUCUACCUGGUGGCCACCAACACCACCACCUGGGAGUUCGUCUCCUCGCACCGCAUUGCCUACCUCCGCCAGCGCCCCGGCAACCCCUUCGACCACGGCCUGACCCGCAACCUUGCCCACUUCUUCUGUGGAUGGCCCUCGGGGUCCUGGGAGGCCCUCUGGGCCGAGGAGGAGGAGGAGGAGGAGGAGGGUGAGGGCAGCAGCCAGGCUGUUUAGGGCCGCAGGAGGCAGAGCCACCAUCUUGUGCCUGAAAACCAGAGGGCUGACCCCGAGCACCCGGGGCUCCUCACCCCGGCCCUGGCCUCCAGCCUCAGAGCAGAGUGAACAAACGGCAAACCCCGCCUGUGGGGGGCGCUGUGCCUCCAGAGGGGGAAGGGGAGGAGGAGGGGGGCCUGUGUGGGGCCAGGGCACCAACGCCAGGCUUCCGAGAGCUCCCCCGCCACCGACCCCUGAGCCAGAAUGUCUCCAGCGUGCAGUUUUAUACAUUUAAUAAUCCAUUAACAAGUCAAGUAUUAAAAAAAAACAAACCAAA